AUGUGCGGGCGCCCGUGGGGCCGGCGUGCCGAUGCUGUCGUCCGGGAGCUGCGCCGGGGCCUGCGCCGGCAACGGGGCCGCUGUCACCACCGGCGUAGGGCGGGGGAACGGGGCUGCCCCCGUGUCCCAGCGUCCCCUCCCGAGCCGGGGCUGCUCCCGUGUUCCCCAGGGCUCUGCGGUGACCCCAGGGGCAGGGGUUUGGGGGCCCCUCUCCGUGCAGGGCCCGCUGCGGAGCUCAGCUUCCCCUGUCCCGCAGGGGGCCGGGAAGGGCGCUGGGUGCGGGACGAGGGGCGCUCCGCACCAACGGGAGCCGGAUCCUGCUCGGUGCCGAUUCCUCCGGGCUCUGCUGCCGCCUGCUGGUACCGGUCCCGCCGCCGCUGCCCUGGGACGAGCCCGCCGCCCGGCUCAGCGGGGAUCACCGGGGCAGUCACCGGAUGGGCACCGGUGCUCGGUGGCAGCCCGGGCUGUGCGGCACCGGAGCACAGGCGGACGUGUGUCCCGGACACCGGUGGGGGGAACCCCCCGCUCCGUCCCCACCGCAGCUCGCUGCUUGUCCCGCAGACCGGUCCCGGGGGGGCGGUCCCGGGGGGGGAGGCGGGGCCCGGGGUGAACGGGGCAGGACGGGGCGGUCUCGGUGCCGCCGCCGCCGCCAGCCCGGCCAUGCCGUCCCCCGCCGCGCUGCUGCUGCUGCUGGUUCUGCUGCUGCCGCCAGCCCGCGCCGCAGAGAGCGAAACCGAAACCGGGGCCCGGGACCUGCGGCUGGAGACGCUCGUGCCCCCCCCCGAGGGCUGCACGGAGCUGUCGGCGCCGGGGGACACGGUGCACAUCCACUACACGGGCAGCCUGGAGGACGAUGGCCGCAUCAUUGACACCUCAUUGAGCCGGGACCCGCUCCAGGUGGAGCUGGGCAAGCACCAGGUCAUCCCCGGCCUGGAGCAGAGUCUGCUGGACAUGUGUGUUGGGGAGAAGCGGAGAGUCAUCAUCCCCCCUCACCUGGCCUACGGCAAGCGGGGGUCUCCCCCGUCCAUCCCAGGGGACGCGGUACUGCGGUUUGAGGUGGAGCUGGUGGCUCUGUCCCGCGCCGGUUACUGGCAGAAGGUGCUGAACAAGGUGGUGCCCCUGCUGUGCUUGGGGCUGGUGCCAGCGCUGCUGGGGCUCAUCGGGUGCCACCUCUACCACAAGGCCAGCAGCACCAAGCUCUCCAAGAAGAAGAUGAAGGAAGAGAAGAAGAACAAAGCCAAAAGGAAAUAAAUCCUUUCCCUGGGCA